AUGGAGCUUACCGCGGAGAAGGAGAAGCUGGCGAGAACCACGCGCUGGCUCGAGGAGGAGAAGGCGAGCGGGCCCCCUUUCCGCUCGACCACCACCCGCGCCGCGCCGCGCGCUGCCCGCGUUGUCUGGACGGAGCGCGCCGACGCGCUGCUGUACCGCAUGAACGGCCUCAUCGCCUGCCUCGACCCCCACGGCACCCACCGCUCGCGCGUCGAGGCCGAGGCCGCCGCCAGCCUGGACUCGGGCAACGGCACCAGCGGCGCGCCGUCGACCAGCCCUACGCCCUGGAACACGCCCAUCGGCAGCCGCAUCGGCUCCGCCCCCGACGCCACCGCCGCGGCGGCGGCGGCGCUGCCGCCGCGGCCGGGGCGGCUGCAGAAGUCUGCGAGCGCGCGGUCGGGCCGCGGCAGCACGGGGUCGGACGGCGGCGCCAGGCACAGCGGCGGCGGCGGCGGCGGCACUAGCGGCGGCGGCGGCGGCGGCGCGUACGAGGACGAGCGGCACACGCUGCUUGACCUCGGGCCGCGGGGCGUGUCAAGGGAGCGCACCUCCCUGAGCUACGAGGCGAAGAUCGAGGCGGUGCGGCACGAGCUGUCGCGCGCCAAGGUCAGCAUAGGCGACACCGACAACAUCACGUGCUGCGAGCUGCUGGGCGAGGGCACGUUUGGCAAGGUCUACAAGGGCCUGUGGCGCGGCAGCGUGGUCGCCGUCAAGACGAUGCUGCUGCCCGCCAUGAUGAGCGGCGCCGAGAAGCGCGAGAAGAUGGCGGUUACGGAGGCCGCCAUCAGCAGCGCGCUCAGCCACCCCAACAUCCUGCAGACAUUCACGUAUGACAUCCGGCCCCUGCGAGACAGCCAGCAGAACAGCAGCUUCCGCCUGCGCAUGGGCAGCGGCAGCCCCCGCGACCCCACCGGCGGCGGAGGCGGCGGCGGCAUCGGCAGCGGCCCGGACGGCGAGAGCGGGUGCAGCAGCCACAACGGCAACGCGCACAGCUUUGAGAUGCGGCUCGUGCUCGAAUAUUGUGACAGGGGCAGCCUCAGGGAGGCGCUGGACGGCGGGGCCUUCUUGGUCCCCGCGCAGAACGCCGCCUGCGGCCCUGAGCCGCCGGCAGGCGACUGGCCCCAGGGCCACGCGCGCAGCGGCGGCGGCGGCGGUGGCGGCGGCGGCGGCGGCGGCGGCGGCGCCGGGAGCGCUCGGGGGCGGGGGGGGCCCGCGUUUGCGGACGUCAACUACAGGGCGGUGCUGGACACGGCCAUCGACGUGGCGAGCGCGAUGGUGCACCUUCACGGCCGCAACGUGCUGCACGCUGAUCUCAAGGCGCGCAACGUGAUGCUGAAGAGCGCCGGCGCGGAGGGCCGAGGGGCGACGGCAAAGGUGGCUGAUUUCGGGCUGAGCCUGAAGAUGGAGCUUACUGAGACGCACAUGAGCAACGCAUUCCAGGGCACGAUGAGCCACAUGGCCCCUGAGAUCCUGGUCAAGUUGCCGUCAACAGCAAUCGACACGCGCAGCAGCAGCAGUAGCAGCAGCAGAGGCGGUGGCAGCAGCAGCAGCAGCACGGCGGGGUACCUGAGUAAGGCUGCUGAUGUGUACGCCUUUGGCAUCGUGCUGUGGGAGCUGUACACCGGAGGGAAGCCCUUCGCAGACAUCCCCAGGGCUUUGCUUGGGCACCAUGUGACGCAGCUCCACAGGCGGCCGGAGUUUCCCUAUGAUGCGCCAAAAGACUAUGUGCGCCUGGCCAUGAAGUGCUGGGACCCCAAGCCCACCCGCAGCCAGUCGACGGCCGCGGCAAGCUCGUGCAGCGCCUGCACGGCGGCUACGACGCCUGGGGCCCCGGCGGCGGCGGCGGCGGCGGAGGAGGAGGAGGGGCUGGCGGCGGCGGAGGGGCCGGCGGCGGCGGAGGGGCCGGCGGCGGUGUCGGGUCUGCGAGCGGGCACCGCGCCAGCGGCAGCAGCAGCUGGGCGACGGGGCCGCUGGUGCGGCCGCUGA